CGGCCGCAUGCGAUGCAACAUUAAUUUUGUUUGCGGCCCUCGAAAAUGAAUUAAAAAACCUGAGCGGCCCACCAACCAUCUUUGGCUAGAAGAAGAAGACCAUGUCCUUACAGCCCAACACCAAUUAUCUGACAAUGUAAUAUUAAAACUGUGUAUUAAAGCCAUAAAAGCAGUGCAUGAAGGAUUUCGGAAGUGCACUUGGAACGUCAGUGUUCGGGUGUGGAUGGUGUUAAAUCAAAAGUUCACUUGGGCCUUCUGACCAAUUUUCAUGCCCACCCCGGACAUACAUGGUUGGAUGGUAUAACGAGUUGGUUGAUAAAGUCUUUCAUCUUCCGUACCAUGCAGACACUGUUGCAUUAUGUGUGCUAAGCAUACCUUGCAUGUAUGAGCGUGCUUUCAAACCGUGGAUUGAAGCCAACAAGAACGGAAAUAUGCUCGUGAAAGAUCCCAUUGAUGAAUGUGUUGGGUCAUGCUAUCAAAAAGUACAACAGAAUUUACCAGACGUUGCACUAGACUUUAUACAAGACUAUGAACAGCACCAUGGCACCCGAAGACCUAAACUGCUGGUGCAGACUGCCGGGCAUGUGUCUGGUGCAGCUUACUACUAUAAACGUUCCGAUGUGAAGAAUGAUCCUUGGCACGAAAAGAAGAGGAUAUAUGGUGCUAGUCUUCACCCUCGAUUUGGUGGUUGGUUUGCAUUCCGUGGAGCCAUUAUCAUGAAGGAUAUACAAACCACGAGCAUUCCGAGAGUGCUCCCUCAUGAUUCUCUCCCUACUGACAAUCAGAAAAUUGAUUUUCUUGAUAAGUUUAAUAACAAUUGGCAGAAUAACAUGUUUAGAGAUGUGAUACCAGUAGCAGAUAAAUAUUCGGAGGAACAACAAAAAUACUUUGAGACUUUACCGAAAAAUAGAGCAGCACUUUUAGGAUUGAAACAGAAUGUUGAUCAAGAUGGUUGAAAUUUAAUUUUUAGCGAGUUGAGUGGCUGAGUAGUAGAGGCAGCAUGUACCAGAGCCUUACAUCGGCAUUGGUUUGAAACAUUUCUCGUUCAUGGUUCAGGUGUUUAAAGCCGGGUACUCACUACGCGCGAUGGAGACAUGACAGCAAGGCAACGACAAACGACCAACGAAUCGCUUUUUUAAUGAUCCGUUUAGACUGCCACUGACAAUCAGCAGACAGCGUUACAUCGUCUAUCGCUCACCGGAAGUAGAUGUGGAUUCGUCGUACGACAGUCGUAUGACGUAGUAAGUGUCUGGCUUAAGUCUUCUUGGGUAAGGAUAGCGUGUACACAAAUUAAGUCAUGCUAACUUUGAAGAGCUCAAGAUAUCCUUUGAGAAGAGCAGGGGGCUCCAGUGGUGGCUCCAGGAUAUAUUUUCUGGGGGCGGGGCGGUGGGCUGAGCUGUCCGACGGGGGACUUGAGCUCGUAGGCCCGAGCUGGGGGAAGUGUUUGAGAGUGGGGUCCCCCUUUCAAAAGAGAUUUUUUUAAGAAUAGGAACCUCUGGAUGGCCAGAAAUGACACUCUCAGACUGUGAGAGACGUGUUGGCUUGGCGUGGGGCUAUUUUAAAUUUUUUUUAAGUCUGACUGCCCGAUGAGGUCUGUCUGAUGGAGGGGGGGCUUGACCUGUCUGGUUAGUGGACUUAAGCCCCUGUUUCCCCCCGCUGGCGCCGCCACUUGGGGGGAAAAUAGAUGCGUGCGCCUAUAAGCAGCAACACAAGGUGAUGGGAAAGGUGUCAGAAUAUUACCGCACUGUGCGAGUGUUGACGUUUACUGAAUGUUGGUUGCCGUCUGAGCAGAUCGCCAUUGAUAACGAUUCAUCACACAAACCUACAGUAGUUGCAUGUUGGUGAAGUGUGUGACAACAGUAAAUAAGAAAUUUUUGUUUAACAGUAUAUUUAUGAGUUAUAGGAUGGAAGUGUUGUCAUAUAUAUAUUUUAUAUAUAUUUAUAGUAUAAAAAUAAUAUUCAAUAUUUUUUAUUAAUAUAAUUAUUAAAAAAAUAAUAAUUAUUAAAAUAAUUAUUAUUAUUGAAAUUUUAUUUUUUAUUAUAACCAACUUGAUUAGCAAUACAGAUUUAACUGCCAUACACUGUUUUAUUUACAUAAUAUUUUGAUAAGAUACUAAAAUAUUAUCAGGGGUGACGGCAGGAUUUCCCCGACGAAAGCAAAGUGGGCGUGGUCGAGCUUCAAUUAAAAGGUAUCAAUAGUGGUCCUGGGGUCAAAGCCCCCGAAAAUUUGGACAAUUUAGGGGUUUCAAAGGCUUAUUUAAUCGAUUUUAUAGUCUCCUAAUCUACUAAUUUUUUUUUCUCCCCGACAGGGGCCAGCACACCGCGACGCCCCCACUGGCGCCACCCCUGAAUAUUAGAGAAAGUAGAUCACAAAGACUGAGGAUUAUUAGCUACCAAAUAUAUUGCCAAUGCCAUGGUGCUUAUGGGGUGGGGAGAGAACUAGUAUUAAGUGAGGGGGAACAAGCGGGGGGGAAAUAAGUGGUGAUUACUGUUAACUAAUUGAUCUUGAUUUUUUUUUGUUUUUUUGUGGGGGGUGGAUUACGUGCCCCACUUUUCUCCCCAGAUAUGUUUCUGUUCGUAGACAGUCACUUAAUAUGCAAACAUCUCUUUUACCGGUAUUGAAGUAAAGUACAUUAGCUGCACAAUAAUAAAUUUACUAUUGUAACAUGAAAUACAUGGUGGAGGGGAAUGCAAUGUUUAUUAACUGUAUGUAUUUAUAUAAUCAUCUUGAGGGGUAUCAUUAAAUGACCAUGACAACUGA